AUGGCACAGAAUGAAGCAGCAACUGCAGUAGAAGCAGAAGCAGAAGCAGAAGCAACAGCAGUAGCACAUACACCCGUAUUUGAAUCUGAGGAAUCAACACCUAGAAACUCAAUAAUUAAUACUGAAGCGAGCCUUUAUUCACAAGACUCAUCUAAGGAAAGUGUAUACCAAAGUGAGCCUAGUUUCAAUGAAAUAACAUUCCUUCAUGAAUGUACCUUUAUUUUUUUCAUGUGCAUGUCCCAACUUCUUACCCAGGCAGCAAAUGCUCAAACGAUGCCCACAAUGGUCCAGCUAGGCAGAACCUUCAAAGUAUCAAAUCAACCGGGAGAAGUCUCGUGGUUUUCUGCGGCGUAUUCUCUCACUGUGGGAACGUUUAUCUUGAUAAGUGGACGACUUGGAGAUAUGUUUGGAUAUAAAAAACUAUACGUGAUUGGAUACAUUUGGUUCGGUAUUUUCUCUUUAUUGGUAGGAUUUUCAGGAUUUACAACUUCAACCGAGUUUUUCACCACAAUGAGAGGCCUUCAGGGAAUCGGGCCAGCAAUUAUGAUGCCCAAUUCUCAGGCUCUAAUUGGGAAUUUUUAUCCAACUUCAUUUCGAAAAAACUUUUGCUUUGCUUGUUUUGGUGCAACUGCACCCGUAGGGUUUAUCAUUGGUGCGUUAUUUAGCGGUAUGUUUGCUGAUCUAACUACAUGGAAAUGGACAUUUUGGACAUGUGGGAUCAUUAGUAUCCUCUUGGCCCUUUUGGCUGUAUUUGUGAUACCAAAUAAAAUUGGAAGUAAGUCGGGAGGCAAAUUUGAUUAUUGGGGUUCAAUAGUGGGAGUAACCGGAUUGGUAUUGAUAAACUUUGCUUUUAAUCAGGGACCCAACGUUGGGUGGAACGUUGUUUACGUUUACGUUUUAUUGAUUGUUGGUUUUGCUUUUAUGUGUGCUUUUCAUUUUAUUGAGAAACAUGUUGAAGACCCUUUGGUUCCACCCAGUGUUUUAAGAGGUGACACAGGGUAUAUCCUCGCGUGUAUCAGCGCUGGAUGGUCGUGUUUUGGAGUUUGGUUAUACUACAUGUUCAGAUGGGCGCUACUAGUGGACAAGGAUAGUGCUAUUAUGUCCGCAGUGAAAAAUAUACCCGCAGGCCCCGUUGGAAUGAUAGCCGCAGUGGUAACAGCAGUGUUAUUAACCAAAGUUCCUUCUGCUUUUGUUAUGUUUUUUGCAAUGAUUGCGUUUCUCGUUGGGGUUAUUAUCAUGGGCACUAGGCCAGUGGGACAAAUUUUCUGGGCGCAAAAGUUUGUCAGUAUGCUUAUUCAGCCAAUCGGAAUGGAUAUGUCGUUUCCGGCGGGUGUCAUCUUACUAAGUGCAGCUUUACCUAGACAUCAGCAAGGAAUUGCUGGCUCAUUGGUGUCAACAUUUGUCAACUAUUCGAUAUCGAUAGGUUUGGGGUUUGCCGGUACAGUUGAGUACUACACAACAAAGGGUAAGGAGCCAGGUUUUGAGACAACAGUCUUGGGUAUUAGAAACGCUUAUAGAAUGGGAAUGGGACUAGCGGGGUUUGGUUUAGUGGUGUCCACAGUAUACUUGUUGAAGCAGUUGAAGGAGAUAAAGAAGAAAGCUGUUGAAGAAAAGCAAAUAAAGGGGGACAACAUCAUAUAG